ACGAGGAUGAUCCACGUCGUCAUCAAUCCGGCGGCAGGCGGGCAAAUCUCGGAACGGCUUUUUACAGAGGAGAUUGAACCAAGGCUGAAGGCCAAGAGCCGACGCUUCGAUGUGCAUCGGACCGAAAGUCCCGGCGAUGGCGCCCGUAUCGCCUCGCUAAUCCGCUCGAGCCUGGACAAGGAAGGAGACGAGCUGCAGGUCAUUCUAGUUGGUGGAGACGGCACGACGCACGAGGUUACUAACGGGCUCAUGGGCCAGCCUGGGAGCCAAGGGAGGUACACACCACCACCGAGGACGAGCAUCGCACUGGUACCUGCAGGGACGGCCAACGCGCUCUAUGCGUCUCUCUACCCGCCGGAUCAAGGCGGUGCCAGUGCUGAGGAGGAGGGCGAUGCUUGGCGGAUGAAGAGCCUCGAGAAGAUGCUCGACACAGAAAGCUCGGGCAGCAUGUACCCCCUUGCCCUUGCUAGCGUCUCGACGAUAGCCGGUGACAGUGGGACUGGCCACAGCGAGAAGACGACGCUUGCGCACCUCAUCACGUCGCAUGCGCUCCAUGCCUCGAUCCUGGCCGACUCCGAAGCGCUUCGAGCGACCCACCCAGGCAUUGAAAGAUUCAAGAUGGCAGCCGAGCAGAACACCAUCGUUUGGACGCAGGCUACACUCAAGCUGCGGCCCUUGGACACGCACGGCAAUGCAGUCUUCCGCUACGAUCCGUUCGCCAAGGACUUUGUCAAAGAGGACGCCAGCACCCUCGACGGACCCUUUGUCUAUGUGGCCUGCCUCUCGACCGAUCGGUUGGAGCCGCACUUUGUCCCGGGCCCAUUCUCUGGUCCAGCUCGCUCAUGCCCGGAGCCGCGGCUGGCGCGACCCGAGGAUGCGCUGGACCUCCUGCUGAUCCGGCCGUGCAGGGACCCAGCCGUCGUGCAGUCCCUCAAGCGCAGCAUCGACGAGAUUCAAAAUUGGUCCGGCGACGACACGGCCGACGUUCGCAUUCAAUUUGCCCAGAAAAGGCUGGGCCCGAUCAUGUUCAAGGGCGUGUACAGCGGAGGAAAACAUGUUGGAUUCACGUACCCUGCCCAGCCUGACGGCGACAUAGACGAGGCCUCAGAGGGCAGGGGGGACCAAGUUGUAGCCUGCGAGUACAUUCGGUGUGGCGGAUACGAAUGGACGCCGGCGCAGGCAGACGCCAAGGCAAAGAGGACCUGCAUCGAUGGAACGGUG